AUGGCGAUCAUUAACGAAGAAGACGCCGUUGCGUUUAUCAGCAGCCCACGUGUGACGAUCUACGUAGACUCGCACUCUCAGAGUUACGCCUCGUCGCUCGGCACUUCAGUGCUGAGAACCUGGAGUCGGUUGCCCCCCACCUCACGAGGUGAGGACGCACACUGGGUUGCUGAGACUCAAGUUGUCGUUCCCGCCAAGUAUCGGCAGGCCCUCAUAGAGCUUGCCCAUGACGCUGUCACCCUCAAGAUUCAGGCAGGAGUCAACGUGGGAGUGCAGACAGUGAGGAAGAGGCUACAUGAAGCCGACCUACACCACAGAACUCCCGCCACCGAACCCUUCCUCACAGCCACCAACAGAGAGCAGCGCUUAGGCUUCGCCCUCCAAUACUACCCUGAGGAUGCGUCGUUCUGGAGUAAUGUUGUUUUCUGUGACGAGAAAACCUUCGCCUCAGAUGACCACGGCAAACUUCACUGCUGGCGUCCACGCAACACCAGGUAUGAACCAGAGAACACCCAGCCGUCACGACGGAGCGGGAGAAUUACAGCAGGACUGUGGGGGUGGAUGUCAGCCAGCGGCCCCGGUGAGUUGGCUGUCACCGAAGAACGCCUCACCACUCAACAAUACGUCCAGAUACUGCAGGACGUCAUGCUGCCAACUGUCCGGGCCAUGCUCAUUCCUGCACCACAGCCCAUAUACAUAGCCAUGGACAACGCUCCGGUCCACAACUCCAAACAGGUGGAGGAGUGGUUCAGGCAGCAUCCUGAGGUCAUCAGGAUCCCAUGGCCACCCAGGUCAUCGGACUUUGUGCCAAUAGAACACUUGUGGGCAGGAAUGACGAGGGAAUGGGACGGAAAAACGCAAGACCUUCAGUCAGCCCUACAGUCUGAAGCUUGCGCCAGCACCCCUGUCGCAUCCACCACUAUUCCAGGCGGCUCCACCACUACCCCUGUCACAGGUGGUUCCACACCCACCCCUGUCACAGGUGAAUCCACACCCACCCCUGUCACAGGUGAUUCCACACCCACCCCUGUCACAGGUGAUUCCACACCCACCCCUGUCACAGGUGAUUCCACACCCACCCCUGUCACAGGUGAAUCCACACCCAUCCCUGUCACAGGUGAAUCCACACCCACCCCUGUCACAGGUGAAUCCACACCCAUCCCUGUCACAGGUGAAUCCACACCCAUCCCUGUCACAGGUGAAUCCACACCCAUCCCUGUCACAGGUGGCUCAACACCCACCCCUGUCACAGGUGAAUCCACACCCACCCCUGUCACAGGUGAAUCCACACCCAUCCCUGUCACAGGUGAAUCCACACCCAUCCCUGUCACAGGUGGCUCAACACCCACCCCUGUCACAGGUGGCUCAACACCCACCCCUGUCACAGGUGGCUCAACACCCACCCCUGUCACAGGUGGCUCAACACUCACCACUGUCCCCGUCAGUUCUUCUGAGGUGACUGAACUAAGUUCGACGGUCACAUCAGAGGCUACAACAUUGAUUGAAUGCGUGAAGGGAGGCGAAGUGGACUCCACAAAACCCCAAACAAUCACAGAUGAGCCGACUACAACCACCACUGAGUCUCCGUGGGUCUGCGAGGCAGGAUGGAAACUGCAUGGAGCGUCGUGUUACCAUGUCGACAACGAUAUCACACUUGACUGGGUUAAGGGACAGUACUUCUGUCUCGGUAAAAAUGCAGACUACGUCAAAAUUACGACAAAUGAUGAACUUCAGUUCCUUAGAGGUCUCGUCACUUAUGACACGUGGAUUGGUUUAGAAGAUCGGAAUACCGAGGGAAUGUUCAGAUGGACAGAUAACUCCGUACCAGUAUUCAAAGGAUGGCAUGACGGAGAGCCGAAUAAUUUUGAAAACGAGGACUGCACAGAGAUGAGGAAGUCAAAGGAUUUCUUCUGGAACGACUCGAAGUGCAGCAACUUAAAGAGAGUCUUGUGUCAGAAGCAUGCAACGAAGGCCGCUUAAGCUUCAGGGCAAAACACGUCUACAAAUGUCCCAGAGCAUCUUUCAACCGCGGCCUAAGAUGUUACGGAAAAUAUCAAAUUGGUUACUCCAAAUACGACUUUCAAGUGCCUUAUUUACUAACGUUGUGUAACAUCUAUAAGUAUUUCUGAUAUAAGCAGUGUUAAUAAAUAUGUUAAUUAGA